UCCCUCUGCUGGAAGCAGUGACAGUGAAUGGGGCAUUUAGACCAUUGCUAUUUUUAUCUGAGUGGUCCCAUUGCUUUGUGUGCACCACUUCUGAGACUUCUUGCUAAGAUCAGGUGUAGUGUCUGUUCUUAUUAGUUCCUCACUGUUGAGGCAGAGGACCACUUGAUCCUCUGGCCAAAAGGCCGGCAAUUUAUGAAGCUCAAAAUGUUGCAUCCUAGGCCUUGCAAGUCUAAGAAACCUGAACUCAUGUGUUUCUCCUGGCAUAGGAUGUAGGGCACAGCAUAUUACCUCACCUUUAAAGUUGGGAUUCUCUUAUGCCCUGGCUAUGUCUUAGAAAGUUUCAUAAGUUUAAAUUGUAUUUCUUUUGUUUUUCUAUGUUGGAAACAGAAUUGAGAAAGUUGGUGUGGAGGAUAUUCAAGAAUUAGAUCAUGCCCCAGCAUUAAGAUCUUGGGGGUCUCUGAUGGACCUUCGGUAUGGAGAGGAGGUAGAAGGCGAACUAUCAGCAAAUGGAGGAGGAGAAGGAUAAAAAAUCAGAUCAAGCUCCAGUGAUAAAAUCUUGGGGAUCUCUGAUGGACAUUCGAGGUGUAGAGGAAGUAGAAAGAGAACCAUCGGCAAAAUAUUGGAGAUCACAAGUGGAUCUCUCCGAUUCUGGAGUGGAAGAGGGAGAGAAAGACGAUAAGUCAGCUUUUCAGAAAUCCACUCCAGUGAGAAAGAAGUACAAUUUGCAGCGUCCAGCUUCUGGCUUCGAAAUAAGAACAAUCCCUGUAAUUCCCAGGAAGGCUAUCCCACAAGUCCAGAAAUUAGCAGGAACUUCCAGGAAAGUAUAGAUGUAUUGGGGAAAAGUUCUUCCAGAGUAAAUAGUCUUUAAUGAUGAUUUCUUCCCACAGGAACUCCUUAGGAAAAGAAUGGCAUGUACAGUAUUUACAUACUUGGCAGCAAGUCUUGAAUAAGUUAAUCAAAGCUGUUGAAUAAUUCUUUGGAGCAAUAUUUAGCCCCGACAAUGAUUAUACAAGAUUAGGUAAUACUUAAUCACUCACUCAUUGGUAGAAGAAUGAAUGUAGAACCGUUGCUGUGACUGGAAGCUGUUGCUGUGGCUGGAAAGCUGGUUGCUGUGACUUGAAGCUGUUGCUAUGGCUGAGGAGCUGUUUGCUAUGGCUGGAAGCUGUUGCUGUGGCUUGAAGAACUGGUUGCUGUGACUGGAGCUGUUGCUUGAAGAGCUGGUAGCUGUAAUUGGAAUCUGUUGCUAUGGCUGGAACUUCCUAGUAACGGAGCUUAACUGAGUGGAAAGGCACUGUAGGCAGAAACGUGCUGGGACAGCCCCAGGAAGCUGAUUCCCAGCUGGGAAGCACUGAAGGGAAGCCAGGACCAGGAGCUGCAAGAAAAUGCUGAAAUCUUGACAUGAAGAUCUGUUGCAGAGAGACGCUGAACUUCUUCUGGGUUAGGUAAUUCUCUGAACUCUGCUGCACUUUGAUCCCUAUACAACGAAGCAAUGGGAUUCUGUUAAAUCAGUGAUCAGUCAAGUGUCUUACUGUGAGGGCCUGUGAAAAUGUUGGAUUUCUGCAUUGAGAAGAAGACCCAUACACUUAUCCUAGGAAAACAACUUUUUAUGCAAUGAUACACUGAAAGAGCUUGUCCUAGUCAUGGAAGUCUGGUACAUCGUCUUACUGGGGUACAUACUUACCAAAGCUAAAGCUGAUUCUCCAAACAUUAUAUUGAUCCUUGCUAAAGAUUUAGGCUAUGGUGACUUAGGGUGCUAUGGUCAUCCUUCCUCUCUCACCCCUAACCUGGACUAAAUGGCAGCUGGAGGACUGAGAUUCAGAGACUUCUACUCUACAGGAACAGCGUGCUCUCCAUCCAGAGCCAGCCUGCUGACGGGCCGCUAUCAGUCCCGGAAUGGGAUUUACCCAGAUGUUUUUUUACCCGACUCCAGAGGUGGCCUCCCAUUAAGUGAGGUAACAAUUGCUGAGAUUCUGCAGUCUCACGGAUACAGGACCGCCAUGGUUGGAAAAUGGCACCUGGGCUUAGGGCUGAAUGGGACAUAUUUGCCAACACGACAGGGAUUUCAGCACUUUCUGGGACUGCCCUUUUCACAUGAUCAGGGUCCUUGCCAAAAUCUGACUUGUUUUCCUCCAAAUAUAAGUUGCUAUGGGACAUGUGACUUAGGAGAAGCUCUAGUCCCUUUGUUUCUUGAUGAAAAAAUCAUUCAGGAACCAUUGGAUUUCACAAAUCUUGUCCUCAAAUAUCAGAGAUUCAGCAAAUCCUUCAUCAGUGCAUCUGUGAACGACAAGAAGCCAUUCUUCCUUUACUAUGCUUCCCAUCACACUCAUUACCCACAGUUUGCGAGUGCUCAAUACACAGGCCAAUCUCUAAGAGGACAGUUUGGAGAUGCACUUCUUGAACUUGAUGGAUCAGUAUAUGAGCUGUUAAACACUAUUUGGGAAAAUGGCAUUCAAAAUAACACGCUCGUCAUCUUUACCUCUGAUAAUGGGCCCGAGACUAUGCGUAUGGAGAGAGGGGGCUGCUCUGGGCUUUUGAAGUGUGGCACAAAUACAACAUACGAAUGUGGUGUAAGAGAGCCAGCAAUAAUGUUCUGGGAGGGAAAGAUACAACCAGGUGUUACUUCAGAGUUGGCCAGCACGCUGGACAUUUUGCCCACAGUAGCAAGUAUCACAGGAGCCUCACUGCCGAAGACUACACUUGAUGGAUAUGACUUAAGCAAACUCCUAUUCAACGGUCAUCCAAGUCCACGGAAUACUUUUCAUUACUAUCCCGGCUCCAUUGACCCCAAAAAAGGCAUCUUUGCUGUGAGAUUAGGGAAAUACAAGGCUCAUUUCUAUACACAAGGUGCAGCUACCAGUGAGACUACUCCAGACCCAGACUGCCAUGAGACUUCAUUCCUGACAUUCCACGAUCCACCUCUUCUGUUUGAUUUGAGCACUGAUCCAGCAGAGAACUACAACUUACUAAAGGGUGGCAUCCCUGGGGAUCUUGGGACAGUGCUGAAUGAAAUUUUGGCUGAGCAUAACAGAUUUCAGAAAACUGUAAAGUAUGCAGAAAGUGAGAUUAAUAAAGGAACGGAUCCUUCACUGAAACCCUGCUGUAACCCAGAAUGCAGCCCAAAACCUGACUGCUGCCGCUGUGAGAAGAGGAGAUCUUCCGUAAAGGGGUUAACUUGGAGUUAAUUUUAGUAUGAUGUAGAGCGUGAUAUUCUGAGCCAAUUUGCAAUUGGUUUUCAUGUUUUAUUAUGUUAUGUUUUGAAGUUAUUUAGCUUUUUAUUCAGCAG